CUGUCCUCAGUCCCUCGGUCGCUCAGCUGUGCGUCACAUGUCGGGUACCGCGAGUCCUACUCCUGCCCGUAUACCAUUGAAUCGUGUACCGCUUGCUCGUUCAAGUUACCGUACAACGCCGGAUUUCUACUCACCGGCAAGCGUCAGUCAUAUAUUAUGCUAUCUACCGCGUGCACUCCAAAGUAUUAUCACAAAUCGACCACGAAGUGCCUCGAACAUGCGGACGGCGUGACGAAUACAGGCAACGGUGCACGCCGUUUUGUUGAUACGUUGAGUUCUGUGUUCAGGCCGCGAAGGCCACCGCGUCCUUCCUCGGUUUAGGAUCGCAUUUGCUAUCGCGAUUGCAAUUUCACGCAAAACUGCCCAAUCUGUCCUCGGCGAGUUAUCACGGAACGAUGACCUAAAGCAACGUGUCGCAGUACGGAGUUUCGGAGACGUAGGAAGAAAGAAAGGAAAAAAAAAAGAGUUGAAGCUACACACGACGAGUAAAACUGGUGUUCUAGUUUCCGGGAGUGUUUUUCCAAAUAUUCAUUCGAAUCAUAAACAUAAUAUAUCAAUCGUGUUUCGAUCAUCUCUUAUGGAAAGUGUCGAACUGUUGAGUCGCGCGUGACAUUAUUUCUUCUCUAGUGUGAUCCGAAUUUGUUUCCGGUUCGUGCGCUGCAUCUACGUACGUUUUUUAACGUGAGUUUCGCGAACGGUAGUCAAAGAGUGAGUAUUUAACCACGGUGCAAAUGAUCUAUACGAGAGGCAAAUUCGCGCGAGAUACUUUCGAGAACGAUUCGAUACAUGGUAUUUUGUUGUGAAGUAUAUCAGUGUGUUAGAAUCCUCGUUGAACGUUUCAAUCGAUUUAUCGAAGUGAUCGAAACGAGAGCCGAGAUCGUUUAACCAUAGAUAAUCACGAAUAAUGUCGACGGGCAAGAGGCUGGCGAAACGUAGCAUAAUCGGCACCAGAGUGUGUGCUCCCGGCGAGGACGGGAAAUACUACAGUGGCGUCAUUCACGCCGUAAAAACGCCGGCGUCAGCCGCGUCCGAGUCAGGCCUCAGCAUUACACCGAAGACUCGCUACUCCGUGCGCUUCGAUUCCGUUCCCGGCGGCCGUCCGCCGAGUCCCAGCACCGAAUACUCUGAUCGCGAUUUGAUCGGGCCUGGUUUCGGCUCUGUCACCAGCGCGCAUCUCGUGCCCGGCCAGAAGGUCUAUCUUACGUACAACGGACGGGAAAUUCACGCAGAGGUCACGCAACAUCGCGAGCAUCUCGACGAAGUAGACGUGAUAAUUGUACCGAACGGCCAAGAGACGAUGAGGCUGACUAAACGUAUAGACGAGGUCAGGUUGCUCGAGUCACGUAAGAGCGCCCGACUGGCUGAUCAAGAUACAGAUUUCGCUAGACUCGCCGAUAUGGCUGGUGAUCGUAAACGGGCGUCUUCCCACUCCAUCGAUGUACCACAUGUGAUUGGAUCCAGAAAACGGCGACCCAGCUCGAGUAAUGACUCCGAGCGAUCGUACAGCGGUUGGAGCGACAGAAUACCCCACGGAUGCGGCCGCGAGGGUUGUCGUACCAACGAACGCGGCGAUUGCAUGGACGAAUGCACCGCCGCUCUUGUCCUCAUGUCGCUCUCAUGUUCGCCACACAGCCCUCACAAUCCUCUGCCAUUGCACUGCCAACACAAUUACGGUUCCUGGGGAGGUCGAGGUGGCGGAGGUGGUGGCAUGGUCGUUGGCUCACCAGGAGUCGGUGGCACCUCGAAUAGCAGCAGCAGCAGCAGCGGGGCUUCAUGGCGUAGCGGCACCCCGAGUCCGCCUCUCAGCGACGAGGGGGCACCUACCACCGGCUCUCUGUGGCCGACAUCCGCUCAUCCUUCGCACAAUCAACAACACUACCCUUACAACGCGUCUGGCUCGUCGUCGAGUAGCACCCCUGGCUCGACAACCACCCUGGACGAGGGUAUAGUGCUCGAUUACCUCGAGGAACAGCACCCACGCAAAAAGAAGAUUCGAUCGAAAGUAAGCCGCGACCCGAUCGAGAAUGGACCAGCCAACGCCGCUACCUACGAAACCGAACAGGCGAACGCAGCGAUAGUGUUCAAAUGUACUUGGCCAGGUUGUCUGGAAAUCAAAGCAACUGUGGCGCUUAUCGAGGAGCACGUGCGUCAAUCACACUUGGGGCCGAAAAAGUCAAAUGGUUACGAUAACGAGGAAGACGACGACAUCUCUGACCACGAGGAAGAAUUUUAUUAUCAAGAAGUAGCCGUCGAUCACAUGAGCUCUCCGCCAACGAUGUCACAUCGAGACAUGGCCAGGCCUCCGCACGAAGAUCCGGAAUACCAGAAACAGCUCCGUUUGGAGGCCACUUCUGCCACUACCAGCACAGAAAACGUGAUGGUGGGCAUCAGAGAACGGAACACUGCGUUCACCAUUGCGCAAUCACCGGGUACACCGAUCAAGCACAUAAAGCUGUCGCCCCGGCCGUUCCCGGCGUAUCAGCAGAACAUGGGCCUGUUGACGGUGUCUACCGGCAAGAUGCCGUCGUCGCCGCGACGGAUCCGCGGUGAGACGAAGAAAUGCCGCAAGGUCUACGGUAUGGAGCAUCGUGACCAAUGGUGCACACAAUGCAAAUGGAAGAAGGCCUGCAGCCGUUUCGGCGACUAGGCCAAGCGGCCGCCCCGUUCGUAUGUCCGCGGGCGGAGACCGUCGCCGAACCGACCCCAGAGUUUGCCAAUGCUACGUUAAACUUCUCGCCAACUGCCAGCAAACAACAAUUGCAAAUUUCCACAACAGUCGAACAGUUACAGACAGCCACGAGUUGUAAUAAAUCAAGUUACGAACGGUCGUCGCCGUCGUCGUCGUCGUCGUCGUCGUCAUCAAUUGUGACGUUGUUGUCGUCGCGGCGAUGGCGACCACUCGCUUGAUACGUGUGCGACGGAAGCGCGUUUUUUUCUCGCGUGGUUCGCGUUGUAUCAUAGUCACGGGACAGUGAAGACGUAUCCUGCAGUAUCGUCCACCAUCUUCCAGAACCGAUUGACCGGAUCCAUAUAUAAAUAGAUUCGAAAAAAAAAUAGAAGAAAGCGCCGAAGAUCGAAGAACGAUCUGUGUGUGGCCUGUGAUGUUCAGCGCGGCUAAUAUCUAGCAGCGAAACACCACUUCUUCCUGUUUUUUCUUCUUAUUCUUCUCGCUAAACCCGUUGUGUUUCCUCGCCGUUCUCCUCGCUUCUCUCUUUUAUGAAAACGAAGCGAUGAGAGGAGCACGGGUCAAGAAAGAUACGUCAAUCCCAUGACGGAUGGCGGGUGGUUAGAAGGACCGAUCGCGCGUUUGUUUACUACGUGGUAAAAAAAGGAUAUAGAAUCGUAAAGGAAAGAAUCGUGUCUGACUUGGUCUAAAAUACACAGAUAUAUGUUACGUUGUCGAGCGAUGGUAGAGCGGAGAAGAAGAAAAUCGAGUGUACGUUGUAACGAAAGGAAAAAAGAAAUAGAAAUAGAAGAUCGUUGACCGAUCGUCGAACGAUAUCUUAUCACUCUCGUCUAGUACUUGGCAAACUCCGUCAGGGUCUUCUUAGCCGUAAUAAGGGGUUUUGAUUAGUAGAUAGCGAAUAAUUGGCGUACGGGACGAGGCAUCCUUAGACUGUCGCGCCCUCUCUGUCUCUCUUUCUCCAUUCUUUCUCUUUGUUAUCUCUAUGUAGUUUUUUCUCUCUUCCUGUCUCUGAUGGAAUGUAAGAGGGCUCGGAACAUGACCUCGCUUCCGGUUCGCCAAAAAACAAGAAUUUUAAAAGAAAAAAAAAGAAUCUUUCCGUGAUUCGUUAGGUAAAGAAAAAAAAAAGGAAAGAAAAGGGACACGCGACUCAAGAAUCGUACGGAUGAGCACGCGUGCCUCUGAAAAUACGUGCUGGUUCCCGAACCGACUCUUAGGUCAUUACAAUAGGUCUUCCUUCAUCCGACGAGAGCGUCUAGGCUCCAUUUCCUCGCUGGGCUCUCUCGGCUUGCCUUUUCGAGGAUGUCGAUGGUCGUCACGCGAUCCUCGCAGAAAAAGAGAGUCCCCGUGGGUUCGUGUGUCACGCGUGCGUGUCCCACAUCGUGGCCGUUCGAUUGUUCGGCCGAUUAUUCGUCCGUUUGCCUCACGGUGGCCCCUAGCGUGCGCUCGCAUACGCGUAUUCUUCAACGAAUAUUCGCUGAUCUUUAGAAAUAUUAUCGAACGUAUAUUCGCGUAAGAUCAUUCCAGGUGGUCUUUGAAUUGAUGCGAGACGAAACGAACGAAUAUUCGAAAUUAACGCGUAUCCUAUCCAAAAAGAUGAUCGGGAACGGAAUAUUUUUAAAGCAGAAAAAGUUGUAUCGAAAUAUUUAAUCGGAAGAGAAUAACGAUCGCCUUGAAAUUUUUAAUAUUUAUUCGAUGAAUAUGUAUGGAGGAAUAUAUUUAUUGGCGUAAUGAACGUUUCAUUCUCGUUACCCGAGACUGUUGCUUUUAAAAUGUUCAUAAAUCCGCGAAUUUAUGAUUCGUGGAUUUUGUAUUCGCUGCGAGUCAUUUAAGUAUAUUUCCAAUAAACGAAUAUUCGCGCGAUUCGCUUCGUAUCAACUUAUCGACUCGCGUAAACAAUCUCGCGUUUCGUGGCUUUAGCUAAAACGUGAAAUAUUCGUUUGCGAAUGGCACGAUUCGUGGGGGUCUAUAUAGUAUAAUUUCUCUGUCGUAUGUAAUAUAGCGUGGGGGACGUACGCGACGCGCGUUCCGGACGAACGGAAGACCGUGAAAACAAAUCGAAUAUUCGAUUUGACCGAUUGUUCUUCCUUGAAGGACGCAGGCGGGCAUGUCUAGAACGAAGAUUCGCCGCGAACCUACAGGCAAUUGUGAUAUUUUUUCUCGAAAUUUUAUCGAAUUAAUUAGGCGAAUCACCGUGGGCCGAUACUACAAAUUAGGCACGAGUUUUAUUGGGAUGACGAUGGGGUCGACAAAAAGCGACGAAAAUAAUAAGAUAAGAUAAUGGUUUGAAAACGCAGGGAAAAGAAAGAAGGGCAAACGCGCGGAAGCAAAAUUUUAUACACCAAUUGUUAUACUGCCAGAUUAAAAAGUAAUUCAAUGAAACGAAUAAAAAAUUAUACGAAAAAAAAAAACAAAAAUAGGAGGUAUAAAAACGAAGGAAAACGAUUAAAAUAUCGUUUCGAGCUUCGUAUACGAAAAAAUACACACACGCACACACACAUCUACGAAGAUACCAUCGUGUGUGUCAGGCUCAGGCUGCUUGCUAGCCUCCUCUCGACGACCUAAGACCGUGUUCGCCGAUAGAAGGAAAAACGAAUAAUAAGAAUAUGAAGCUGCAUGCACGAAAUUUCGGUAUAGAUAGAUAGGCUUCGCAGUUGAAUCGAUCGAUCGAUUGUACCCUAGCAGCGAGAUUCUCUUUGCAAGAUCUUGCUUUCUGAUUAUAUACAUAUGUGUAUAAAUGCGUAUAUAUAUAUACACACGUGUAUGUAGAACAAUGGAAAAAGAUAAAUGAAACAUAUAAAAUUUGUGAGGCAGAUAUUAAACGUUCAGCAACUUCUUUGUCUGUCUAUCGCGGGACGCUUCUACUUUAAACCAACAUCGUCAAAUGUGCUCCCUUUUCGCUUUCGAUCGUUCGCACGACUCGCGCGUAACUUAUAUACGAAUCAUCUUUUUCGGUUAUCGAAAGAGACGAUAAUAGAAUAAAGAGUAAAAAAGAAAAGGAAAAAAAAGGAACACACAUAGAGAGAAAAAAGAUAGAAAUCAUUUGAUCUUCAUAAAUUUUGCGACGUGAUACACGGGUGAACUCGUACGCAUCAAGUCUCUUGACGACGAUAUUAUGUUCGCUUUGGAAGAGGUUGCUUCGAAACGUAGCGAUAGAUUUCGUUGUUGUCUCAUCGACUAAUUUAAACUGAUUCUUUGUCGUUAAUUUAUCCGUAAUUAUUGAUAUUAUUAGGACCGUUGUUGCUCGUUUUUGUUAACGAGACCAGCGUCUCGUUCCUUUUUUUUUUUUUUUUUUUUUUUUUUUUU